AACAUGGACUUCAUUAUCCUCAUCCUUCUCACAACCUUACAAGGCAUCCUUAGCAUCUCCUCAGUGAGCAAAGUAACAGUGAGGAAAGGACAGACCAUCAUCAUCCCCUGUCACUACGAUGCAGCGUAUAGAUAUAAGAAGAAGAUCUUUUAUGGUUAUUAUGGUGAUUAUUGGGAUUAUUGGGGUGAUUGGCAUGUUAUUGUGGACAGUGGACGUUUGCCUCAAUCAGACAGAGUUUCAAUGUCAAAUUACCCUGCACAAACCGUCUUCACUGUCACAAUGAGGAGCGUGACAGAGAGUGAUGAAGGCUUAUACCAAUUUAAUAUCGAAGGAAGCUGGCAGUAUGAAUACAAGGAUGUCUAUAUAUCAGUCAAAGAUUCUCCAGCACUCUAUGUUCCUAGUCAAGCUGAGACCGGAUAUGUGGAUGGGAGCAUCACCAUAAAUUGCUACUACAGUAAUAAGUAUGGAGUGAAGAAAUGGUGCCGGAUUGAUGGCCGCUGCAUCUGGGGUUCUGGAUAUAUAGAUGGAAUGCGUGUAUACAUGAGUACUGAUGCAGAUAGCAGAGUGUUUAAGGUGAUUAUGACACGUCUACAACUGAAGCACACUGGCUGGUACUACUGCUCUGUGGGAGACCUACAGAUGCCUGUGCACAUCAUCGUUAGACAGAAGACAACUACCCAGAGAACAAUAACACAGCAGCCUGCAAUCAACACAACCACCACCAGGACAACCAGCACAGUUGAUGAUUUGUCUUCCACAUCAACCACAAACAAGACCCAUACUCAAAAUGGGUUCAGCCUGACUCUGCUGCUGGGGAUGCUGGGGCUGUUGAUGCUGGUGGUCAUCUGUGGAGCAUUGACUCUCCUCAGGCUGAAAAAACAUAGAUGUGCUGCAGGCCCUGGUGAAGCUGUUUUUGAGAGAAAGAGUUCAGCAGUUAUGCAAAACUCCCAGGAGGAUCCUGAAGUCACUUAUAGCAUGAUAGCUAUGACUAAUCCAAAGAAUGCAGCUGAUGACACCCACGGUGAUGUCACCUACAGCACUGUAACUGCACACAGUAGAGGCCUGAGAAAAUCCCUUAGAUACCAAGUAGCAGAUGUCAUCUACAGUGAGGUGGCAACAAAGUGAAGCAAGAUGGCAGCAUAUUGAUUCUUCAGGACUCACAAGGAUUAAGAAAAAAAUCAAUGAGCUGAUUUGAGAAUUCUAAUCUAUCUUAAUGUGUUUAAUGUUUGAAAUAAAUCAAAUUUAUUAUGUG